AUGGACGAGAGUACUUCUCUUCUGCAGGAACCCAACGCCGGUUAUAGUAGACCUCCAGCCGAGCAGGCUGAGAUUCGAGGAAAUGACUGUCAACCAACAGUGAAAUGUCAAAUUUGCAAUACAAUCAUCCCCAUUGGAGAUCUUAAUAAACAGCUUGUGGUUAAAUGUCCUAAUUGCAAUGAAGCGACACCUAUUAAAGGUCCACCUACAGGAAAGCAGUUCGUUCGUUGUCAAUGCAAUUGUCUACUUAUUUGCAAAUCAUCUGUUACUCGUGUUGGUUGUCCAAGAGAAAAUUGCCGCAGAGUUAUAAAUCUCACUGAUACAAAUGCUUCCGGUUAUAAUGCUGGUGACUCUUCAAGAGAUCUAUUGGCUAGAUCAAGCUUAAUGGGUUCGGGUACAUUUCCCUCGCGAAAUGGUAUUCGUGUAACUUGUGGCAAUUGCCAUCGUCCAUUUUCAAUUCCCCAACCUCAGAAUGAUCCACCUACCCGUUUUCAGUCUCUUUUUCUCAAUCGCGUAGUGAGUUGGCUAUCAGGUGGUUCAGCUCCAACUGUCAAUGGUUUGAUCGCAGCCCGGUGUCCACAGUGUCGCAAAAUUACAUCUGUUGGUCAAGCCUAUGCACGCACUCGAUGGGUUGCCUACCUGAUUUUCGCUCUCCUUCUCCUUGUUGUUGCUCUUGCUGUUACAAUUGGAACCGCUUCGGCAGCUCACUCUCAACAUGGAUUGUACUUCCUUUGGGCCAAAUUCUUCUCACUCAUGUGA